CCCGGCUAUAAGGGUCAGAAUUCUAAUCCACAGACCGUCGUCUCAUCGAGCUUCUCAUCCAUUCAAUACAGCAAAAGAGACGCAUUUCGUCUCAAUCAGCCAAUUCAUCUCAUAUGACACUUUUAAUGUCAUAUCUCUCGGCCGGCCACUGUGUCUUGGUUAUUGAGACAUACUCCGGGCCAUCGUUUCCGCUUCUCCCUCGACGGCCCUGCAACCGUUCGUGACGAGCCGAAAAACACGCGACAGCUUCAUCAACCUCCAGCCUUCACGGCUUGGCAACUCCGAUUUUAGCAGAGAGCCAUUAGGUUUCUUGCACUGGCUAUCAUGGUCCUCGCCAUGUCUAGGCGGAGCCUCCCUCUAGUUCUAGCUCUAGCAGGAAGGCCCCGCAUUCUCGGGCUCGCUGGGCUUGCUGAGCUCCCGCGACGACGGCAGCCCAGCACCAUCGACGGCAGCAUUGGGAGUCAGGCUUCGCUCGGAGUGGCAGUAGCCUACCAUUACCUGCAUUCUUCCUCUCGCCGUCGUAUUCCCAAUGGCCCGGACCUGCAUCAUCUGCCACUCAACAUGCGUCUCCGAGACAAUCUGGCCCAGCUCUUGAGUCAAGCACGUCCCGGAGGCCCAUGGGUCCUCGACUCAAAGGGCACCUGCAUUACACGCCCCUUCAAGUUUCCCAAUUUUAGAAAGGCCUGGGACUUCAUGAACGCAGUGGCGUUACAAUGCAAACUCAAGCGGCACCAUCCCGAAUGGUCAAAUUCAUACGACAAAGUUAUCAUAACGUGGACAACGCAUGACGUGGGCGGCUUGUCCGAAAAGGAUAUAGAGCUGGCCACAAUAUGCGACAAGCUGGCCAAAGUCCAUCAAGAGGUGCGAGACGUGAAGCCGAAGGCGACAGAGGGAGUUGACGAGGCCAAGCCGCAAGCCACAAUAUCCGACUCGCUGGCUCGCGCAGGGUUCCUAUAAACUCCCCCCUCCUUUAACUUACCCAGCGUCUCAGCUACAUGUGAUGAUGUCCGCGAGCUUUAUCAGCACCGAAAUUUAUGGAAAACUUCC